AUGUCUCCACACACUACCGCCUACGCAGUUGCUGGUGGAAUGGAGUACGAAGAGCCGGUGUCCAGAACUUACCAGUACCGGAAAGUAAUGAAGCCAAUGUUGGAGCGCAAACGUCGGGCCAGGAUCAACCGCUGCCUGGACGAACUCAAGGACCUGAUGGUAAAUGCGCUUCAAGCUGAGGGUGAGAACGUCGCAAAACUCGAGAAGGCCGACAUCCUCGAGCUGACAGUUCGCCACCUUCACUCGCUGAGAGCCGCCAAAAGAUUGACUCUCACUCCUGAAAAUACCUACGCAGACAAGUUUCGCGAAGGAUUCACCCAGUGCGCUCAGGAAGUUUCUACUUUUUUGCAAACAACAGUGACCAGUGUUCACCCAGUGGCCGGUGCUCAGCUCAUUCGCCAUCUCGGUGGCUGCCUCCGUCGGCUGGAAGGACCUGUCAACCCCAACGCCGUUCACCAACAAUCCACUCCGGUGGUUCAACAGCAGCAGCAGCAGCAUCAUCAACACAAUCACCAACAGCAGCUUCCUCCUGCAGUUAUUCCUGCGAAUACUACGACUGUCAUCACCAAGGUACCACAAAAUGUCUACACUCCGCCUCAAAGUCCAAUGAGCGUCGCGAGCUCCUCAGGUGACUCCAGUGAAUCAACAUCCGUCUGGCGUCCAUGAAGCGAGUCGAUACCCACCAUUACAGAUUCCGAGUCGACGGAAGACAUCAGAAAAUUUCCUUUGCGUCGCAGUUUGUUUCCCUUCGUACCGCCGUAUAUCAUAUUUAAUGCGUUCGAUUCUCCUGGACAUGAGCUUCCAUCCUCGCUGGUGAAGCAUCUCAAGUGGAAGCUGAGCUGCAUAACGCCGAUACUGGUAAGAAAAACUGUGAUGAACUCAGGAUUUCGGUUGCUGAAAAAUCCCGACGACUGGGUGGCUAUUUGGGGGAAACAGAUGAAGUCAAAUUGCUUUAAGUCGCUGAAGGACCACCAGAAGUUCAAUCAUUUUCCGGGUACAUUCCAGCUCGGGCGUAAAGACCGUCUGUGGCGCAAUCUCAGUAGAUUCAUGAGCAAGUACGGCAAGAAAGAGUUUAACUUUGUACCGCGCACUUACGUGUUGCCCCAGGACUUGCGUAAUUUCCGUCAGGUUUGGGAAAAGAGUGGUGGCAAAGAAAAGUGGAUUAUAAAACCACCGGCUUCAGCGCGUGGAACGGGGAUUCGUGUCGUCCAUCGUUGGUCUCAGAUUCCCAAAAAACGCCCGCUGAUUGUUCAACAGUAUCUGUCGAAGCCUCUUCUAAUCGACGGGGCUAAAUUUGACUUACGUUUGUACGUUCUUAUUUCGAGCAUAAAUCCUCUGAGGAUAUACAUUUAUCCCGACGGACUGGUGCGUUUUGCCUCUGUUAAGUACAGCGAUGAUAUAAACUACCUCAGCGAUCGUCUCAUGCAUCUAACAAACUACAGUAUUAAUAAAAAUAGCUCAAACUACACGAGUAACGACUGCGCCGAUUCCUGCAGUGGCCAUAAGUGGACCAUCAAAACUUUGUGGUCGUAUUUGGAGAAGAAGGGAGUCAAUACCAGAAAAAUUUGGACCUCCAUCAAGGACAUUGUUAUCAAAACAAUCAUCUCGACGGAGUCGCCCAUAAACUCAUUGACGAAAAUAAAUACCUCGAAUCGUUAUAACUGUUUUGAGCUGUUUGGCGUGGACAUUUUGCUGGAUGAGUCUUACAAGCCUUGGUUGCUAGAGUUCAAUGUAUCACCGUCCUUGCAAUCUUCAUCGGCGCUGGACAUCGCGGUAAAGGGCCCGAUGAUAAAAAAUGUAUUCAAUAUUGUCGGCUAUCGACUGCCAGGUAGUCUCCCAAAACGCGAAAUUAAAAAAUUGAGAUCGUUGUAUGACUAUGAGGAUCUCGUUUGCCAGCUUCCGGUGCUUGACAAGUUGGUACUGUCGAAUGAAGAAAAACAAAAGCAGAAUUUGUACAUCAAUUUGGACAGAGAGGACUACUUGGAUGACAUACUUGAAGAUUUGACGCCGGAUGACCUUAGGUGUUUGAUACAUCAUGAAGACGAAAUCACCCAGACUGAUAAAUUCGAAAGAAUAUUCCCGGCAAAACAUUCGUCUCAUUACUUAGAUUUAUUCGAUGUGCCGAGGUAUUACAAUAUGCUAAUUGACGCUUGGGAAAACAAGUACGAAGAUGAUCGAGAUGAGGGAAUUACUUUGCUCAAAAAACUUUGCCGGGAGAUGAUGCACCUUGAAAGUGAAGCAAUUUGA